GCCGACCUUCCCGGGCUUUCGCCGACAGCUGCGGCAUGCCUCGCGCGGACCAAGCCUCUCGGGCAAGCCUUGGAUCGAAAGCUGCAGCACGUCAUGGAGCCGAGGGGCAUGGACUUCCUUGGCCAGUGCUUGCGUCUGCGAGAUGACGAUCGUCUUUCAGCGUUGGGCCUUCUCCGCCAUGCACAUCUCUUAGACCUCUGGGAGGACUUCGACGAUGUGCCCCGCGUCGCGCACAUCAAUUUGGCAAUCGAUGACAGCGAGGAGGUGGAUCCGGAGCGCAUCUUGCAAGCGAUUGUUGAGGAG